UAAAAGCGUUCAUUCGCUUGUAUGAGACGUGCAGUCAUUGGCUGGUGACGGAUUUAUUCUUGUAAAUAAGGAAAAUAGCCGAACUUCACAUUUAUUUUAAGCCACUGUUCGCUUUCAAAUUUAGCCGGAUUGUACUUCGUGGCCAAUUGCUAUACUGUAAUUACUACUAUUUCAAACAUAUCUUAAAUCACUGCAAGUUUCAUGCUAAACUACAUUUCAAUUAUUUUAGAGCACUAGGCAGUCCCGCCUUAUUAUAUAGUACUUACAUCCUAUUUGGCUCAUUGAAUUAAAAAAGAAAAAAAAAACGAUCUCAUAUUUCGGAAUGAUUUUAUCAAACUGACAUUCAUGCAAAGAGUAUAAAUAUAGGAUUCAUGCAAAGACUAUUAUCAUAUGAUGCAUAAUUAAUUACUUACAUGUAACAUGCCCAACAUACAUGUAUGGAUAAAUUAUUAUUAAACUUUAAAUACGAAUCCCUUACAAUGUGAUGAUUUUGGCUUGGAACGUUUUUAAGGAACUACGUGAUACGUCCAAUUGGAAAUGAUUACAAAUAACUUAGAAAUCGAUAUUAUCAUACCAAAAGUUCGAACACCAUGGUAUAACGAAGAAAAAAAUUGUACACUACCUUUGGUGUUCCAAGCUGACAUAAAUUAUAAAGAAUUUUUUGAAAGUUCAAUGUUAGGAAAUGUCCCAUGUGUAAUAAAAAGUAUUAGCAAAGAAUGGGAGGCUUCAAAAGAAUGGGUAUGUGAUGAUAAGAUCAAUUAUAAGUAUUUUGUUGAUGUUUAUGGUGAAUUUAAGGCACCAGUAGCUGAUUGUAACAAGAUAAACUUUAAUUCACAAUGUAAAAGCGAAAUGACAAUAAAAGAUUAUAUGGAGUAUUUACAAUCAUCAAAUGAGGAAAAUAUUCUUUAUUUAAAAGAUUGGCAUCUUAAAGCAAAUUUAAAAGCAUUGAAAAGAAGUUGUUCUUUCUACGAAGUACCAAAUGUUUUUGCUUCUGAUUGGUUAAAUGAAUAUGCUGAAGACAAAACUGAGGAUGAUUUUCAGUUUGUUUAUAUUGGAUGUAAGAAUACAUGUUGGUCUGUUAAUGUGGUUGGAAAGAAGAAAUGGGUAUUUUUGCCACCUGGAGAAGAAAAUAAGCUGAAAGAUUCGUUUGGGAAUCUUCCAUUGCUAUUUGACCAACUUAAGUGGAACAAUAUAAAAUACUUUGAAGUAAUUCAAGAAAAAGGAGACGGAAUAUUUGUUCCAUCUGGAUGGCACCAUCAAGUUUUUAAUUUAUGUGAAACCAUAUCAAUUAAUCAUAACUUCAUGAAUGCUUGUAAUUUGCACAUUGUUUGGCAAGCUUUACAAAGUACUUUAACUGAGGUAGAAAAAGAAAUAAAAGAAUUUGAAUCUACACCCGAGUAUACAACUCAAUGUCAAGUUAUUUUAAAAUCUCUGUUUGGUAUGGAUUUCCAAUCAUUCAUUAAUUUAAUUAUGCAUAUAGCAAUAAAAAGGAUCAAACAGAUUCAAGGUGAAAACUUUUAUUUGUUUAAAAAAUUUAUAUUUGGUAUGAAUCAUAUAAAGUUUGAUUUACAAUCUAUUCUUAAAGUCAUUUAUCUAAUUGAAGACCACCCCAUUUUUGUAAAUAAAAACCUGCCCCGAAGUCUCAUAUUACAAUUAUUAAAUACGAAAGAAAAUAUUUUACAAGUUGUACAAUAAACAUGAUGUGUUUUGUUCUUCUGGUUACAAUGUUUUAGUAGUAUUACAUAAUAUUCCUUAAUCUUUAUAUAGGCUUAUUUAAUUGGUGAAAAAAAAUUCUUCAUCCAUUAUUACUUUACAAUAAAUUACUGGUCAAAUGAAGACUUGACAUCUUAUUUCUCAAGAUGACAAGCACAGUUGUAGUGCUGUUUAGAAUUUUUGGGUAUUUCAAGAAUCCUGAGUGGCACUACAUUGUAAUCGGCAGGAUGUAUCAAUUACCAUCAGCUGAAUGUCCUGCUCGCCUUGACCCUCAAAAUUUUUUAUCAAAAACAAUCUAUCUAAUUCAUUUGUUCUUAAUUUUACAUAAUAGAUUUUUAUGAUGAUGA